CUCUUGGCCACUGUUUGGUUUUUUUUUUCCUCUUCAGUGGCCCUAAUCCAGGGGUGCUUUUUCAGCCUUGUCUUUAUUUUCCGCGAUAUGAAAAGUGUUUGGACUUUGCGUUCCGCCUGACACCUCUCGGCCACUAUAUUAAUCCUCUUCUGUAUGAUACAGGCCAGUCUGGUAGUAAAAAUAUCUUCAUCUCGUGGCUUUUUUAAGUCAAUGAUUUUCGGAUGUUGAUUUCAUUUUUUUUUCUCAGAUACGACCCAUCAUUCGUCACUACGCCCCGCAGAAAUUUCGUUACUUUCCCCGAGGACAUCAGCAAAAAGUCUGAGUCCAAAAAGUGCAACAUUUGCAAUGGAGAUCAGUGUGGAGCAUGAUAAACGAACGGGAACAAGUCAAGUAGUCUCUGCAGCCACCGUUACGCCAGAAAACAUUGAGAAGAGAGGUUUAAAGGUGUUCGAUGACGGACGCAAAUCGAUUUACGCUUUAAACCCUGACGGAGAGUCAGAUUACCCUUGGGUCAAUAGUGAAAUGACAUCCCAACAAGCAGAAGAGCUUCUACGACAGGCAACAGAUGAGACUGUACCUCAUGAUCUGCAAUAUCAUCAGCCUGUCUACUCAGCUGCUUACCGUGGAACAAGCAGGCUCUCAAGACCAAAGACAUCAAAUGAAACACAGAACCAAAUUCUAACACCAUCCAGUCAUCUUACUCAAGAACAAAUAGAACCAAAAAUCCAUGGCCAAUCGCUCAGUGAAGAAGAAAUGCUAAAGUCAAACAACCACAUUCAAGGCUCAUCAAAUCCUCUUAUUCCACAGAGUUGUUCAGGCCUUGACGAAAAACACAUGAACAGUUCUACAAACAGUCUCGUCACAGUCAAAGUCAGUUCUGAAGAGAAACUGAAACCUCUGCAGCUUAUUUGUAAAGACAUAAAUGGCAGUAAGUCUUCAGAGAAUUUUGACUCUUCAAACAUUGUCAACGAUCAAAAAGGACGGCUGGAAUCUUCACCUGUCACAAUGAUUUUCAUGGGCUAUGAAAAUGCUUUGGAUGAGGACGAUGUCGACUUCCAAGCAGAACUGGUGACCGUAGGAUGCAGCGAUGAUGAGGAAGAAUUUGAUUACGAUGAAACGACAAACGAUGAGGAAUGCCUUUCAUACCACCCAGAAGGAUACAAGAGCAAAGUGUUUCAACCUGAAAAUGCCGACACGACAUGGAAUCAUUUAGGGCUCCUUAGGCCAACAUUUGUUCACAAGUCAGCAAAUAAACGACCAGUUUAAGAAGUAUGUAUGUUGGGGAAAAAACAUGAAUGAAAUUCAUUUAAAAAUUAAUGCCUGUGUCAUUUUUAAUUAACUAUCUCUGUGAUUCAUGCAGAAAAUCAUGAGAAUAAAAAAAAAAAAAACACUGCAGUGUGCACAUAAAACGUGUAGACCAUAAUAAUUUAUCCAGAUAGUAAUAACAGCUGUGUUGACAUUAGAAUUUCCACAUUUAAUUUCUGCAAGCAGCAUCUGCUUAAACUGAAGCUUUAUCCCCAAAAAAAAACAUCUAAAAAAAAAGUAUACUACUCAGCCAUUUGUUAUUACAUUCUUAAAUGUCCCAUUCAAAAACAAUCAUUUGAUGACUCAUGGGCCAUUUACAUGACACCGGCAACGGGGGUGACAACACAAAAACUUUUCCAGAGAGCCCUAUCAUUUACACGGCGACAACGUUGUGCUCAGAGGUGGGUAGUAACCGUUGUAAAUGUACUCCGUUACAUUUACUUAGUUUUUUUUUUUUUUUUAGGGCUGUCAAAAUUAUCGUGUUAAUGGGCGGUAAUUAAUUUUUUACAUUAAUCACGUUAAAAUAUUUGACGCAUUUAACGCACAUGCCCCGCUCAAACAGAUUAAAAUGACAGUACAGUGAAACGCUCAGUUGUUAAUUGUGUUUUAUGGAGUUUUGCCGCCCUCUGCUGGCGCUUGGGUGCGACUGAUUUUAUAGGCUUCAGCACCCAUGAGCAUUGUGUAAGUAAUUAUUGACAUCAACAAUGGCAGGCUACUAGUUUAUUUUUUGAUUGAAAAUUUUACAAAUUUUAUUUAAACGAAAACAUUAAGAGAGGUUUUAAUAUAAAAUUUCUAUUACUUGUACUAACAUUUUUCUUUUAAGAACUACAAGUCUUUCUGUCCAUGGAUCGGUUUAACAGAAUGUUAAUAAUGUUAAUGCCAUCUUGUUGAUUUAUUGUUAUAAUAAACAAAUACAGUCCUUAUGUACCGUAUGUUGAAUGUAUAUAUCCAUCUUGUGUCUUAUCUUUCCAUUCCAACAAUAAUUUACAGAAAAAUAUGGCAUAUUUUAUAGAUGGUUUGAA